CCGCUCAACGUGAGUUGAAAGACAAACGUGUGUCAAUGCCACCGAAGAAGAUGUCCACAGAAAAGUCGGAAGUGGAAUUUGAACGGACAAUUCUAAUCAGGAAAAAGAGGAUGAAAAAGCAGGACAAAGUUAAUGAGAGUAUCGCUAAGACAACCAACUCAGCAUAUAUAAUUGCGGCAUUGUCAAAGGAAACAGCUGCUGAAGGCAAAUCGACUGUUCGUCAGCCAAAGAAGCAUGUUUCAGAUGCGUCAGUAGCCGCUGUCACCCGAGUGGAAGAGCUGAGUGCAUCUAGCGACCAGGUUGUUGCAGAGGUUACAGUAGCCGCUGUCACGCAACUAAGUGAUAAUUCAAACAAAACGGCACCGACACCGGCAACAAUCACGAAGAAACCAUCGAAAUCAAAGGAAAACAUUGAACCGGCAGCGGCCGUGGAAGAGCGGAGUGCAUCAAGCGACCAGGUUGUUGCAGAGGUUACCCAACUAAGUGAUAAUUCAAACAAAACGGCACCGACACCGGCAACAAUCACGAAGAAACCAUCGAAAUCAAAGGAAAACAUUGAACCGGCAGCGGCCGUGGAAGAGCGGAGUGCAUCAAGCGACCAGGUUGUUGCAGAGGUUACCCAACUAAGUGAUAAUUCAAACAAAACGGCACCGACACCGGCAACAAUCACGAAGAAACCAUCGAAAUCAAAGGAAAACAUUCAACCGGCAGCGGCCGUGGAAGAGUGGAGUGCAUCAAGCGACCAGGAUUCAGAUUCAGAUUACGAAGAACGAAAACAUCCAAAUGACAACGAGAGAAUGAAACUCCGGGUGGAGAGGAAAAAUGCAAUUAUAAAAAAAUUGGAAGUUCGAGCAGAAAAAUUGGAAAGAAAAGCCGACGCUUUGUUGGCACGGAAUUUGGUGCUUCAGGACCGAUUCGCUUAUUGCAAAUGUGACAUCACCAAUAUUCCACCAAAUCCAGUACGUUCUACCAAUCAAGCAUACACAUUAAGUAGCGAGCAAGAAAUGCUCCUAGGUAGAUUCAUUAUGCCAGAUGACAUGAACAAAUACAUCACCGAGCUAGCUGGGUUUUUAUUUACCCCAGAAGAACUGAAAACCAUUUCUUCGGCUAAUCUUAACCCAUCUAAGAUUGCAUUCAUAAGCAGUCAUAUCCAAACGCACACUGGCUUCGUGAAGACCGCACCCGAAAUUAAAAUGCUUUUAAACAAGAGACGUUGGAAUUCUAAUCGACGUUCUGAUUCAAGCAGCACCCCUCCGAAGAAGCGGAAACGAAACACGAAAAAUUCAAAUGAUGAAACUGUCCAAGACGAAGAAAUGUACACCGAUGACGUUGACGUCAACCACUUUUUACUUAUGAAAAUGCAAUCGGCCGACGACAACACCGAAGACAAUGCCGAAUCCGGAUAGGUAUUUACGUGAACGACUUUUCCUUCGUUAAUUUAAAUAUGUGAAGAGUUUCAGCUCAA